GGAUGGCGGCUGGGGAGCUGGGACGUAGUGGCGGCUACUACUUCAGAUACAUGCCUCAGAGACCCUUCCAGUCCCUGAGCUCCCGGGAGACCACCAGCCUGCUCCGCCAGUGGUCCAUGCUGGGCAGAAUCCAGGCGCAGGCGUUCAGCUUCGACCAGAAGUUCCAGCCCUACCAGAAGGAUGAUUUUGUCAUGGCUUUUUUCAAAGACCCAAAUGUUAUUCCAAAUUUGCAGUUACUCUCAAAUUCUUCCGGACAGUGGACCAUAUUAGGAACUGAAGUGAAAAAAAUUGAAGCUAAAAAUGUUCCAUGCACACAACUUUCAAUGUCAUUUUUCCAACGGUUAUAUGACGAAAAUAUUGUACGAGAAAGUGGACACAUUGUCAAGUGCUUAGAUUCUUUCUGUGAUCCGUUUCUCGUUUCAGAUGAACUAAGAAAAGUUUUGCUCAUUGAAGACUCCGACAAAUAUGAAGUCUUCAGCCUGCAGGAGAGGGAAGAGUUUCUGUUCUGUCUUUUUAAGCACCUCUGCCUCGGAGGGUCCCUUUGUCAGUAUGAAGAUGUGCUUAAGCCAUAUCUGGAGACUGCAAAGCUGAUCUAUAAGGAUCUGGUGAGUGUUCGGAAACAUCCUCAAACCAAGGAAAUACAAAUUACCUCUUCUGUCUUUAAAGUGAAAGCCUACGACGCCGUCGGUGUGUGCUACCCGUCAGCUACUGAGCAUGAGCAGACGUUCUCAUAUUUCGUUGUGGACCCCAUCAAGCGCCACGUGAAUGUCUUGUAUCAUUGCUAUGGUGUGGGCGAGAUGUCUUAGUGUUGCUCAGACCUUCGGUCAGCACUGCCCUUAGUUCUCUGUGUCCCUGUUUCAGCACUGAUGGGUGGAUAGAUGCGGUCUUCACAGAACAAUCAAAGACAACUGUAAAAAGCCUGUUUGAGGCUGAAGAAAGCAACACUAAUGUGCCUUUUUUCUAAAUUUGCCCAGCAUACUCAUGCAGUGAUCCCUGAUGGAACCUGUACAAAGCAUAAAGUUACAAGUUCAUGUCUGUUCUGUCAAGGCGCAGCCACAUUCUUGACUUCCUAUUUUUUAAAAUUGUUUUUAGUUUUUUGAGGAAAUGUCUUGUGUAGCCCAGGAUAGGUGAGCCUUGAACUCAGUAUGUAGCUGAGGCUGGAUCUUGCACUCCUGAUCUUCUUGUCUCUACCUCUUGAGUGUUGGGAUACAAACAUGUACCACCAGGCCUGGCUCUAUGUGUUUUUUGUUUGGGAAGCUAAUUAAUUCUGGAUUAGAAUUGAAACAUUAAAAAACACCUUCACCACCAGUCAUUUGAUGUGAAUUAAUAUGGUUUUAAAACUUCAGUUCAUGUAAUUACAUUUUUAUCAUUGCAGAAAGCUUUAUGUCUUGCUGGCAUGAUAGCACAUGACUUCAGUCCCAGCACUCAGGAGGCAGAGGCAGUGGAUUCUGUGAGGUUGAGUCACCUUGGUCUACAGAGCAAGUUCCAGAAUAGCCAGGGCUACACAGAAAAGCCCUGCCUUGAAAAAUAAAACAGAAUUCUUUUGCUUCAUCUUUUCCACUUAAAUUCUCAAUUAAAAAUAAUUGUAAAUAAUUUUUACAUAAUGAAAUCGUAUCUACACAGGCAGGCAGGCAGACACACACACACACACACACAUACACACAUACCUAAUAAGAAAAAAGCCAGGCAUGGUGGCUCACAGCUGUAAUCCAGUAUUAAGGCAUGGUUGCCAUGCGUUUGAGCCCAGCCUACAGCACACAGUUAACUAAAUAUGACAAAACAGUAAAGAUAUCACAGAAAGAAUAGGAUUAGACUCUGCAUCCCAAUGGACUAGAGAUAUGGCUUUGUGACUACGAGCACUGACUACUCUUCCGGAGGUUGCUCUUUCAUUUGGCUCGUGUUAAAUUCCCAGC